UGCUCUACAGCCAGAUGAUACGACCAUGUCAGCAGGAGCGUUCAGACGUCUCGGUAGUAUUGUGAAACAGCUGCAGGUGGGGAUGGAGAACCAGUCCACUCUUCAAUUGGUUGCUCAACAGCCCUUCUCAUCUGAUUGUACAACACACAUAAAAUUAGAUAAUACUACCAUUGCAGCAGGAGCGUUCAGACGUCUCGUUAGUAUUGUGAUACAGUCGGGACAUUCUGUGAACUGUGAGUUAUCGUGCUGUACAAUAGAGCCUGAAGAGGACGUGAGACAGCUGCAGGUGGGGAUGGAGAACCAGUCCGCUCUUCAGUUGGUUGCUCUACAGCCCGUCUCAUCUGACUAUACAACACGCAUAACAUUAGAUUGUACUACCAUUGCAGCAGGAGUGUUCAGACGUCUCGUUAGUAUUGUGAUACAGUCGGGACGUUCUGUGAACUGUGAGUUAUCGCGCUGUAAAAUAAAGCCUGAAGAGGACGUGGGGCAGCUGCAGGUGGAGAUAGAGAACCGUUCUGCCGUGAAACUUGUGACGCCCUUUCAACUUAACUUUUGCGAUAGAUGGUCGGUUGAGUUCAACGUAAACGUAAAAGAGUCAACGGAACCGGAAGUGCCCCUCCAGGCUUCCGGAAGUAACUCCUCUUGCUCCGACGCGUCCACGAAACUGGAAUUGUCCGUCCAGGCGUCCAGAAGUAACACCCCUGGCUCCGUCGCGUCAACGGAAGCGGAAGUGUCCCUUCAGGCUUCCUGUAACUCCCCUUGCUCUGUCGCCUCCAAGGAACCGCAAAUGUCCGUCCAGGUUUCCAGAGGUUACUCCCCUUGCUCCGUCGCGUCAGCGGAACCAGAAUUGUCCCUUCAGGCUUCCGGGGGUGACUCCCCUUGCUCUGUCGGUUCCGAAAAAGCUGAGCUAACGAGUUUUCAGGAAGCACGAAGGUUUUUUAAAGCUUUGGAAGCAAAAAAUCAAAGUAAACCUAAAUUCUAA